AUGCUGAAGGAUGCCGGUGGCGUCAUCUCCACGAGUAGGUCUAUGUUGGCCAGACGGAACGCUGGCGCCGAGCGCUGGCUGGCCAACCUGGUCCGGGCACUCACAAAGCUGGAGCUGGAGAGUGUCCGCCCGAGCCUGCCACUGAUGGGCGCCACCAGAGCCGCUGCGUUGACCAAGAUCCGCAGUCCCACUGCACAGAACACCGCAUGGUGGCCGACGCGCCCCGGCUACAUCGACGCGUCGCUGCUGUCUGCGACUACGGAGCAAGCCGGCGAAAAGAUUCGUGAAUGCACUGCGUUCGACCUGUCCAUCCUGGUUUGGGCUUUUGAUGCCCUCGGCCGGAAGAUGCCUAGUGGUUUUCUACCAAAGGCCAUGCAGCACUUUGCGCAGGAGCUGAGCCUGGAGGGAGAUGUGACGACCUCAGAGAAGGUUGGAAUGUUUUGGUUCGACAUGGCAAAUGUUGCAUCAAGUCUUGGAUCUGCAGAGCGUGCAGCCUUCGACACACGGUUCAAGCAGCAGCUACUGAAGCCUGUUCAAGACAGCCUUCGUAGACUCUGCUCUGCCCAGAUGCCUCACCAAUCUUCGUUCGACAUGUGGCAGAUGCUCGUGGACAAGUGGAAUAUCCCCUAUCUUGGUGCCCACUAUACAGCGGAGGUCUUCCGGGUCCUGGGCGUGCCCCAGAGUGCCCCUGACUCCAGCAACGACACCACACCGGGAUCGCAGGACGAAGAUAGUGGCAAUGACGCAGAGGCUAGCCCCUCUGGUAUGAGACAUCUCCGCAACUUCCUGUUUGUGCUCCCCUGGCUCCAGCAUGAUCAGAGCAUUAGCGCUCGCACAUGUAACCGAUGGCGUUUGCCGCGAUGUGACACGAAUGGCAUGGCGUCGCAGCUGCCAAGGCCGUCCGGCGACUUCUCGAGUGCCGUUGCUUGGGCAAGCGCUGCGGGCGGGACUGCUGGGGCUGCUUUCAAGAAAGCGGCCGGUGCUGCUCGUGUGCAAGCUGGCCAGGUAAAGGCAGCUGUGGACAGCCAGGUGUGGCCGCCCUUCGGUGCGACUGGAGGUGCGGCUUCCAGUACAGCACGGUCGCCUUUCCAAUCCGAUGAGCCCAACUAUGGCCCUCUACCUCCUGUUCAGAUUCGCGUAAACGAAGCUUGCGACAUUGUGCAACAGCCCCUGUCGCUGCGCUACUGUCAUCCUCACUGUGCGGCCGUGGCAAUGUCGGGCAUACUGAAUUGGCUGUAUGACCUCUGGGAGGAUCCCCCCGAGCCAGACAGCCCUUUCAUCAAAGCUUUGAAAGAUGACUGGCAACUCGCCCGGCAAUGGCUGAGGUUGGCGGAGAACUCCGAGUCCCGCGAGGAAGAUGUCACCAAACAGCAGCUGGAAGCAAGGAUCGCGACGGCUGAGAAGGCAGCGUCCAAGGUGACCGAGCCCAACAAGCUGCUUGACCUCGCAGAAGCCUACGGUGUGCUUAACCCCAGAGACAAGCGGUGCCUGGAAACCUGCGAACUCGUCAUGAAGUUCUCGCUUCCUUUCCUCAGCAGGCAACGACAAGGAGAUGCACACCAGCUCCACGCACGAUCCCUCUUCCUGCACCAGGACUUUGAGGGCAGCCUUCGAGCUCUCCUCCGUGCACAAGAAUGCUACAAGGACCAGGGAAAUAAGCGACUCCGGAGGUCGAAUAAUCUCGGCCUACUCCGCGCGCAUGCGGCAUUGGGUCAGGGCACAGAGGCCUCCGAGCGCUUGAAGGUGGCCUUGACUAUGUGUUCGACGAAGGAGGAAGCCCUCAAUGUCUACCUUAGCGGCCGGGCUGCCUUGGAGGAUGGCGGCUUCGGAGACAAAUUCGAGAUGCUUUGGGAGGAUCACCUGGACGAUAACCCGGAGACCAAGGCGCACCUGGAUCAGCAGAUGGCUGCCAUGAAGCAGCUCACGAAGCAGGUUCCGCAGAACCAGGACUCCGGCUCAGAGGAGGAUUUCAAAAUGCCAGAGACGUUGAAGGACUUCGUCCAGCUGGCAAAGCGCCACAAAGCAAUCGCGUCCUUCGUGCUUAUCUUUGUUGUGCUCUACAUCAUAGCGGCCGUCUACAUAUCCAACUGGUUAUCGAAAGCCAUUAUGCAGCGCCUGGCAGAGCAGAAGCUCUGA